ACUCGUGCAUUUGUUUUUAAAGAUAGAGUGUGCACACUACAGUUGAUAGCUCUGCACGAUAUUCAUAAAUUCUCAAUAGAUAGUAUUCUUUAUUUAUCAUGAUCAGUGAUUGAUUCUUCGAAGUGCGUAGCCAGUGUUGUCACAUUAUUAUUUCCACCAAGUUAUCACGAGUCGGCAAAAAAGUGGGGACGUACGCUUGAAAAUGUCAACGAAGGAGAAAUAUCCUUUUCAUUUGGGUGGAAGAGGCCCUAACGAUCUUUGGUACGAGGAGAUGAAGAAAAUUGCAUACAGUGUCGAGGGAAUCCUAAAGCAACAGUUGGAGAUUGCCACUGAGAAUCAGAUUAUCCUCAAGAAGAUUUUGGAAGUGCAGCGUGCAAUAACAACAGCCACUAACGAGAACGGCACUGAGAGUAAACUCAUUAAUAAAGGGUCAAGAGAAAUUUCACAACUCGAAAGAGAUCUCAUGGUUAUCGAAAUUAGAAAAAUAUUAUAUACUAUGAAAAGAUCAGCUAAAGAAAAAGCCAGAGAUUUUAUCGAGCGAUUUGAAAGACUCACCAAUGAUUUUGAUAAAUAUAAUGAUUCAAAGAUGCCCGAUUCAGAGAAGGCAGAACUUUUUUUUGAUGCUGUUGGUGAUACUUGUCCGUUGUUUAAAUCAACAUUUAAUCUUUCGAAAAGUGUCAGAGGAAUUAACAUGAAAUAUGACGAUAUGAGAGUCUGUCUUUUAGAUAUGGAAUCGGAGAUAUAUCCUGACGAGCGACCACCUAAAACUCAUAACUCGCCCGAAAGACCAUCCUUGGCUGAAACAAAGUGUCAUAGGUGCAACGUGAGGGGACAUUGGGCCGGAGAAUGUCCACUAGCAAAUACAGACAUGUACUUCUGCUACAAAUGCAAGGAUAUAAAGAAGCACAAAUCCGACUACUGUCCGAAAAAUACUCAACGAGUCGUAUCUGAAUCUGAAUCUGAUUCAGAUUCAGAUUCUACUCCUAAUCGUAGGUCAAGCUUUAGAGGAAGAGGUAGAGGUAGAGGUAGAGGUAGAGGUAGAGGUACGAAUAUAUUUAGAGGAAAAAAUAGAUAUAAUCCUUUUGCAAAGUAA